CAUCGUCAUCAGUCUCUCGUCCUCCCAAGCCAAACACCCGUGAUCGCUGUUUAAUCGUCUUUCAACCCCCCUCUAACACCGCCACAAUGGAUAUGUUAACAGCCGCCGAACAGCGCACUCUCGAGCAGCGCAUGCAGAAGCGUCAAGUCAAAGAGUUUGUCGGCGCUUUCGGCGGUCUUGUCGAGCACUGCUUCACCUCCUGCGUCGACGACUUCACCUCCAAAUCACUCUCCUCCAAGGAAACCGGAUGCCUCAACCGCUGCGUUCUCAAGUGGAUGGCCACGCAGCAGCGCGUGAGCGAGCGCUUCCAGGAGCACAACGCCCAGAUUACGCAGCAGAUGCAGAAAUAGAAAUUUAUGAAAGAAGAAAUUAUAAAUAAUUGCCAAACAAAACAAAGCAGCAUACGAACUUGUUCCGCGAC